AUGAUCUUAUCACACUAUGGUAAACGUUUACCAGUAAUAUUACUAGUAUUGCAGUGUAAUGUUCGUCCACAAAGUUUACAGUAUUUCAAGUUUUAUAAACGGUUAACAAUUAUUACAGCAGAAAAAGAACAUAUUUCUGCAUGGAUUUUGUCAAGUGCUCCAUUUGAACAAACAAGAGUUGGAAAUGUAUUGACUGAAGCUGUUGAAAAACAAGCAGCUGUUACAAUAAAAGAAAAGAUCAAUAGUAAAACAGGUGGUAAACGUACAAUGAAAAUUUUUCUAAUGAAUAAAUAUGAUCAACCAAUAAAUAUUACAAAAAGUAGUGCUAAAUUACCUAAAAAUGCAACAGUAAACAUAUCGAUCCGUGAUGCACUUAAUUCUGAAAAUCCAUCCAGAAUUGCAGUUAAAGUUUUAAAUGAAAAUCCAAUAGUUAAUUACGAGCAAGAUGGUAAAGAAUACAAAUACAAAACUUAUAUUAUAGGCGAUGAUUCUUCAACAAGUAUUUUAAUUAUAUAUGAUCAACUAAUUGAUGUAGUCGAGUUACAUAAAAGUUAUAGCUUAACAAAUAUAAAAAUUUUAAAAAAUCUAUAA